GAAUGACCCCGCACAACACAUCUACAUCAAAUUGGGCCGGGAACAUAGGUCAAGGUUGUUGGAAUUUUCCGAGGGCAUCAGAGUCGACCUUCAGCAUCUUCAGAGAAACGACUUCGAGAUUCUAUCGUUAUACCCUCCAGGCAUGUUGGGCUAUAGCUGGAAAACAUUUACCUACUCCCACACAGCAUCAACGGUCAUAAUCUUGGACUCAAAGAAAAUCGCUGGAAAAGUUGCUCUCCUGCUCGAGGGUUGUGUCGAGUCUCGACUUGCAGGUCUACGGCAAUUUGUGCCAGCCAAGUGCACUUUUAUGCCCACAACCGCCACGACAGCGAUCGAACACUUACUGCUGACGCCCACUUACCUCGAAGGAUCGUGGCGCGCACCCUCAUUCAUUUCAGAUUUGCCUUACAUACGACCGCAAAAGCCUAUGGAGUGGUCUCAAAACAUGAAUAUUCCAGUCAGCGAAAAAGAAUCCCAUGAGUUUGUUCGGCGAUACUUCUCAGACAGAUUACCAGAAUUGUCGCAACUAGCUGGGCGUCUUCAUCUACACUUCUCUUACGGAAAGACACCAGAUGGCAUAAUACGCAUAACUGCCUUUCAAAACGGAUUACCUGGGAACGACGAAGAGGCUGCUCGGUCAGUGAGCGAGGCGCUUUCAGCCUAUAAUGGACAGUCCUGAUCUCCAUACAGUAAUUGAGAGG